AUGGCUUGUAAUUUCCUUGGUGAUGAAUGGUUUAUUGAGAAUUUGGCUAGUUUGUACAAUUUCACAAUCCUCUCGGAUCGUUACGCGUGGAAUUAUACCAAGGGUUCAUUUCUGCCCCAACUUGGAGGUUAUGUGAAGUCUUGGAACUACAAUCAAAUCUCACUAGAUUUGCUGACCGUAAAGGGAGGUGGUCAUUUUGUUCCCACUGAUAGACCCGGACCAGCCUUGCAAAUGUUCUACAACUUCUUGAAUACUGGAAACUACAAUAACUCAAUACCAUAUUCGCUGAAUCCGCAGCCAUUACUUCCACAAUUUUUGGCCCCUCCGCAGCCAUCAUUUACAAGAAAACAGGCAGAUCGGGUGUGGACGCUACCUGGUGUGACUUACGAGUUGAAUUUCAAGCAGUACUCUGGUUACCUCAAUGGUGUCACUGGUAAUUACUUGCACUACUGGCUGCUCGAGUCCCAAACUAAUCCCCGAACUGAUCCGCUUGUUCUUUGGCUGAAUGGAGGCCCAGGAUGUUCUUCACUGAUGGGACUUCUCAGUGAGCUCGGCCCAUUCCAUCCGAAUCCGGACGGAGUCACCCUUUUCGAGAAUGUUUACUCAUGGAACAAAGCAGCUAAUAUGUUAUUCUUGGAAUCACCACGAAAUGUCGGCUUUUCAAUUCAAAAUUCGACCUUGAAUCCGGAUGAUGUGUACAACGACGAAAAGGUAUGUUCAAGCAGAGGAGGAAAGACAGAAACAUCUGAAGAAGUGUUAUUUACAAUAUGA